GCAAAGGCGGCAAGGCUUUUCAAGCGCGCCGUGGAGCUCGAGAGCGUGGACGCAACAUUGAGACUUGGGCACAUGUACGAACAUGGAUACGGAGUCGAGCAGGACGCAAAGAAGGCGGACGAGCUGUAUCGCGUAGCCGCUGAUCGGGUUCCGGAAGCGAUCUACGUUUUGGGCUCGUUUUACAUGGUCGGUCGCUACGGCCUCCAGAAAAAUACGAAAAAGGCGGCCAAAAUCUUUAAACGUGCCGUGGAAUUGGGGAACGCAGACGCAAUGUCGACGCUUGGGGCUUUGUAUAAAGAAGGAAACGGUGUCAAGAUUGAUAAGAAGAAGGCGCUGCAACUCUGGUCCAUGGCCUCGGAUCGGGGCCACGCGUAUGCGCAAUUGAAUAUCGGAGUGCAGCUGCAUAUCAAUGGGAAAGUCGACGAGGCGUUCCGUCUCUUUGAGCUUAGCGCACGACAAGGCUUAGCCCCUGCCGAAUUUGAGCUCGGUCGCCGCUACGCCGCUGGAAUCGGCGUCGAACCAGACCCGAACAAAUGCGUGCACUGGCUCCGGCGGGCAGCCGCCAGGGGCGAACCCCGGGCC